CGUAUUUCACGCUGUUUGCAUUAUGUAGUUUUAGCUCAGUUUUGAGAAAAGUCAGUCACUGAAGAGUUGAAAGUUGUUCAUAAACGUUUGAAAGUGACAAAUUAUUUCAUCUAACGACCAAACACCUAACGAGGUACCUACAUCAUAAAGUAACUCGUGAAAAAUGUCGCGAAAAAACGACGAACGAAACAACUCAUCGCAAGAUAUUGUAAUUUCUGGUAUUUCUGGAGUGUUUCCCGAUAGUGAAAAUGUGGAAGAAUUCAAGAAUAAUUUGAUGGAGGGAAAAUGCAUGAUUUCUCAAGAAGAUCGGAGCAAUUCGAACUCGAAAACCGGUUUACUAAAAACCAUUGAUCGCUUCGAUCAUUCAUUUUUUCGGAUCACUCGUCAACAAGCCGAAACUAUGCCGAUUUCUUCGAGACUUUUACUAGAGAAAACGUUCGAAGCAAUUUUGGAUGCUGGUUACAACCCCCAACAACUCAAAGGUAAAAAUAUAGCUGUUAUUUGUGGACUAUGGGACUGCUGUGACGAAGGAGAUCCGGUUUGGGAUAGAGGAUUCGAAGAGAACAGUUGGACAUUGGUCCAUUCCAUGAAGGCGAACCGAAUCUCUUACUGGUUGGAUAUUCAUGGGCCCAGUUUCACGGUUAAUUCAGCUUGCUCAGCAUCUUUGUACGCUAUGGACACAGCGGUUAAAUUGAUUCAAAACGGUCACUACGAUGGAGCCAUUGUAUGCUCAUCUAAUCUUUGCUUUUCGCGAGCAAAAUACUUGAAUAAUAGUCCACUUCUCAAUCAGACUGGAAAUACAUCACCUUUCAACGUAGAUGUCGGUGGUUACACAAGAGCCGAAGCAGUGGUAGUCACUUUCUUGCAAAAAAGAGAGCAUGCUCGAAGAGUAUACACAAACGUCAUACAUACCAAGACCAAUUGCGAUGGUUUCAAAAACGAAGGAAUCACUUUUCCUUCGAUUGCACAACAGAAAGAAUUAUUUAGAGAAUUCUACCAAGAAAUCAACAUGGAUCCAAAUACCGUAUCGUAUGUCGAAAUGCAUGCCACCGGUACACAAGCUGGAGAUUUUGUGGAAGGAACCUCAGUGGAAGAAGUAUUCUGUACUGAUCGCAAAAAACCGCUGAAAAUAGGUUCAGUCAAAUCGAACAUGGGACAUGGAGAAGCGUCGUCGGGCCUUUGCUCGAUAGUAAAAAUGAUUAUUUCAUUUGAAAGUGGAAUUAUUCCUCCACAUAUUGGAUAUGAAAAUCCAAACCCGAAAAUAAAAGGUUUACACAAUGGUCAUUUAGAGGUGGUGACGAAACAAACACCACUGGAGGGCACAUAUUUCGCUGUGAAUAGUUUCGGAGUUGGAGGAGCCAAUGGUCACGUUUUGUUAACACCUCAUGAUAAAACAAAGAAAGGGAACAUGUCUGCGAAAUAUGGAAUACCUUUGAUAGUUGCAGUAUCAGGAAGGUCUGAAGAAGCAGUGGACUACAUUAUUGAUGACGUGGUGAAGAAGUACGAGGAUACCGAAUACAUAAGACUGAUCCAUGAAAUUUUCAGCGAAAAUAUAAGCGGACAUCUUCAACGAGGAUUCGUCAUUUUAGAUUCUGGAAAAGAAUCCAACAGAUCGAAAAAUUUCAUUACUGGUGAAAAUCGACCAAUAUGGUUUGUAUUUUCUGGAAUGGGAUCUCAAUGGCCCACAAUGGGCCAAUCACUAAUGCAAAUGCCGAUAUCUGCUGAAUCCAUUCGAAGGAGUCACGAAACACUACAAUCAAAGGGAAUUGACUUGAUCAAAAUCAUCACAGAAGACGAUCCUUUGAUGUUCAAGAACAUUCUGAAUUCAUUCGUGGGAAUAGCAGCUGUUCAAAUUGCUUUGGUAGACAUAAUGGCCGCACUGGAUAUAAAACCAGAUGGAAUAAUUGGUCAUUCUGUUGGAGAACUAGGAUGUGCUUAUGCUGAUGGAUGUCUUACAGCUGAGCAGAUGAUUUUGGCAGCUUAUUAUCGCGGUUUGGUAUCUUUAGAAACUGAAGAAAUUCGAGGCAAAAUGAUGGCCAUUGGUGAUGGAUACAAAGCAAUGAAAGAUCUUAUCCCACCAGAAAUCGACAUCGCAUGUCACAACAGCUCCACCAAUUGUACCAUAUCAGGUCCCACAGACAUAGUAAACAACUUCACAGAGCAUCUGAAGCAGAAAAAUAUAUUCACUCGUGAAGUGGAUACGUCAAAUAUAGCCUAUCACAGUCGCUACAUCACACCGGCAGCUCCAAAAUUCAAAUCAUAUCUGCAAAAGGUUAUCCCAGAACCAAAGCUGCGAUCCAAUAAAUGGAUAUGCUCAUCUGCCCCAUCAAAUCAAUGGAAUUUGGAUGCAGUGCGGUAUUCUUCGGCCGAGUACCACACAAAUAACCUUCUGAAUCCAGUUUAUUUUGAAGAAAGCUGCCAAUACAUUCCUAAAGAUGCUAUAUUGAUCGAAAUAGCUCCUCAUGGUCUUUUAAACGCAAUUUUAAAACGUUCCCUGCCUUCGACAAUUACAAACAUACCAUUGACAUUGAGAGAUCACCCGAACCAAGUAGAAUUUCUCUUAAAUGCUCUAGGACAAAUUUACGAAUCUGGAUGUGCUCCAAAGCUUAGUAAUUUAUAUCCACCAGUUGAAUUCCCAGUCAGCAGAUCUACGCCGAUGAUUUCACCUCUUAUUAAAUGGAAACACGAUGAGCAAUGGUCGUUGGGUAAACUGGUCUCUGAUACGUCUGUAUCGGGUAGUCAAAACAUCGUUAUAAAUCCCCAAUCAGAUGGCUUCAAGUUUUUGAAAGAUCAUAAUGUGAAUGGAAUAAACAUAUACCCUGGACUUGCAUAUCUCACGAUGGUCUGGGAAACCUUCGCAGCAAUGCAAAAAAAGAAGUGUAUGAAUACUCCAGUGGUAUUUGAACAAGUACAUUUUGAACGAGUUACGAAAAUUCCUGAAAAAGGCUGUCUCAACUUCAACGUUGCGAUUCAUGUUGGUACAAAUAAUUUCGAAGUGACUGAAAAGGGUGCAGUUGUGGUCAGAGGAUUAGUUCGAGUACCAGAAAAUAUUGCCAAAGAACAAUUCGAUACGAAUCAAAUUGAAAACAACACCAAUAACACAAAUUCAUCAACACUGGAUAGUAAAGAUUUCUAUAAAGAGCUGCGAUUAAGAGGAUAUUACUACAAGAAGACGUUCAGAAGAGUUGUUUGUGCCAAUUCUGCAGGUACACGAGGUGGAAUAUCAUGGAACGAUAAUUUCGUCACAUUUAUGGACGCAAUGGCUCAUUUUUUCUUCCUUCACAUAGACACUCGUGAACUUCUGGUUCCUAUUUUUGUACGUAAAAUUGUUAUUGAUGUUGAGAAACAUUUUCAAAUGCUGAAGACAAUGGACUUCGAGAAACCAAAGUUUCAAGUUGACUUUUAUCCACAUAUCAAUUUAUUGAGCUCUGGUGGUAUCCAAAUGACUGGUUGGAAACACAGAACUAUUGCUAGGAAGCAAGACCGAAGAAAUCCGGUAUUGGAAACAUACCAAUUUAUUCCCUACAUGAAUAAUGAAAUAAUGGACCUUACAUCAGCACUUAAAAUAUGCAUGCACAUAGCUUUAGAAAAUAUACCAACAACUAAAAUAAAAGCAAUCGAAUUGUUAGAUCCAAUCCAGUCGACUGCUGACCUCACCUCAACUUCAUCCUACACAGCAAUAGGAAUUUUGAAUGAUUUACGAAACAUUCAGGUCGAAUUUAACAUGUUGAUCGAUUUCAAACAUGCAUCAGAAGUGCAGAAUCCAGUAGAAGAUAUCAAAUUCAUCAACGAGUUACCCAGUGAUAAAAAAGCUUCAAUAAUAUUCGUUUCAAAUAUUCAAGAUCAUAUCCAAAAUUUGAAUAAUAUAUCUGCUGCAAUGAUCGACGACGGUUUUAUAAUCACAAAACAGCUCACAACUAUAGAAAACAGUCAGAUCGAAGAUUUAGGAUUUGUAAUCUGCUUCAGCUGUGGAAUCAGUUCUCAAGAGAAAAUUUUACUGCUACGACACAUGCACGCGACUGGAAAUAGAAGAAACAUAACAUCAGUCGAAGUGAAAAACAAUUCAUAUUCUUGGAUGCCUCAAUUACAAGACGCACUGAAAUCUCUGAAAUUCAGAAAUGAUGAAGUAUUAGUUUUAUACGCUGAAAAAGAUCCAAUGAACGGAAUUUUGGGAUUUUUCAAUUGCUUAAAAAUGGAAGAAAAAGGAAUAAAUAUGAGAUGUUUUUUCAUCAUGGAUAAAGAAAGCGAAGAUUUCUCACUAGAUACUCCAUUCUACAAAAAGCAACUCGAUAAAAAUUUAGUCCAUAAUGUCUAUAAAGAAGGGCAAUGGGGCAGCUAUCGUCACUUGGCACUUACAUCUGUAGAAAAUAUCAAAACUGAACGUGCGAUUUGCAAGCUAGAAAAGCUUGGUGAUUUCUCAUCAUUGAGGUGGAUCGAAAGCUCGCUAAAUUCCAAUAGGAAUAAAUCAACAGGAAAACUUCUCGCUAAAAUCUACUACAGCAGUCUAAAUUUUCGGGAUAUAAUGCUUGGAUCAAGGAAACUCUCCAAUAUUGGUUCAUUCUACUACAAUCGUUCAUUAGAGAACUGCCCAGGUUUUGAAUUUUCGGGACGAGAUGAAGCAGGUAAUCGUGUGAUGGGAAUAGUGCGUAAUAGUGGAAUAGCCACAUUCGUCGAAAUGAUCCCAUAUUUCACUUGGAAAAUUCCAAAUAAUAUGUCAUUGGAGGAAGCUGCAACUAUUCCAAUCGUGUACAUCACGGUCAUUUACGCGUUCUUUCAUAAAAUGCAAUUGAGGAAACGAAGCACAGUUUUGAUACACGCAGGGAGCGGGGGAGUAGGCCAAGCAGCCAUCCACAUUUGCCUACAUUACAAUUGCAAUAUCUUCACAACAGUUGGAUCUCCCGAUAAAGUGGAAUUCAUCAAGAAAAUGUUUCCACAGAUCCCAGAAACCCAUAUUUGUAACUCCAGAGAUACGACAUUCGAAUCGAAAAUAAUGCAGUUAACCGAAGGAAGAGGAGUCGAUGUGGUUCUAAAUAGUCUAUCUGAAGAAAAACUUCAAGCUUCGGUACGUUGUGUUGCUAGAGGAGGGCAUUUCUUAGAAAUAGGAAAAUCAGAUACUGAAGUGGGAUGUUUUCUGGAUGAAAUUUCCCUUCACAGCAUCGACCUUGAUCAUAUCAUGUGGACUCAAGAUGAAGUAGCUUUACAAUUGAGGAAACAGUUGCAAGAAAUGCUCAACCUCGAGAUAAUUAAACCAAUAAAGAGAAUCGUUUUUGAAAUCCAUCAAAUUGAAACGGCUUUCAGAUACAUGGCAGCUGCAAAACAUACUGGAAAAGUCUUGAUAAAAGUACAAGACGAAGAGAAAGAACCAACUGCAAAACCAAAUUUGCCUCAAGUAAAUGCAUCACCUUUCGUAAACUGCCGCAGGGAUGGAUCUUACGUCAUUAUAGGUGGACUAGGUGGAUUCGGUCUAGAACUAGCAGAUUGGCUGAUUCUGAGAGGAGCUCGAAACAUUGUGUUAAGCUCUCGAUAUGGAAUAACCGACGGUUACCAAACGUUUAGAAUAAAUUUAUGGCGAUCGUAUGGGGUCAAUGUGGCCAUAUCAACGGAAAAUGUGACAGAAGAAACUGGAAUGAGGGCUUUAUUGCAAACAUCCGCGGCCAUGGGUCCAGUAACUGGAGUAUUUAAUGUUGCAGUGAUUCUCGAAGACAAACCAUUCAUCCAACAUAACGAAGAAUCAUUCCAAGUACCAAUUGGCGCAAAAGCAGCAGCAACAAUUCAUCUAGACCAACAGACACGUGAAAUGUGCCCAUAUUUGGAACACUUCGUUGUAUUUUCGAGUAUUUCAUGCGGAAUGGGAAAUCCAUACUUGACUAAUUAUGGUUUUGCAAAUUCUGUCAUGGAAAGGAUAUGUGAAGCAAGACGAAAAGAGGGGUUACCUGCUUUGGCUGUCGAAUGGGGAGCCAUAGGAGAUGUGGGAGUGGUAGCUGCUAUGGUCGGAGAUGGCGAAUCAUCUGUAAUUGGAGGGACUCUGCAACAAAACAUUGAAUCGUGCCUGAAAACAUUGAAUUUAUUCAUGAAGCAGCCAAGUCCAAUCGUCUCCAGUAUGAUUGUGCCUCCAAAACAUCACGCAGAAACUGAUGUCAUCAACGUCAUUGCAAAUAUCCUCGGUAUAAAGGACAUCAACAGUAUAAGUCUUACUUGGACGCUGCCAGAACUAGGAAUGGAUUCCAUACUGGCUCUGGAGCUUCGACAAGUUCUCGAAUCAGAAUUCAAUUUCUUCUUCACGCCUGAAGAAUUGAGAAAACUGACUUUUGCAGAAUUGAUGCGCUUGAAACAAGAUAAAAUUGAGGCUUCGAAACUAGGUGAUGAAGAGAAAUUGAAACUACUGAAAGAGCCCUUACUUCGGAUACCCCUUGAUAAUGGUAAAAUCAAAGAACACGUUUCAGUCGAAGAAAAUCAAACUGCUUUUAUAUUCCCUGGAGUGGAAGGUACUGCCACAUUCAUGGAACCACUGGCGAAAAAUCUUCACAUUCAAACUCUAUGUUUCCAAUACCACGAUACAGAAUCAGCAGAGUUUUUCUUGACCAAACUACGAGAUUAUUUUGCAGAACUGAUUCUGGAAAAACUCAGUCCAGACCAAGAAUUCUGUAUCAUUGGGUACAGCCUCGGAGGUCUACUAGCCAUCGAAGUUGCCAACAUAUUAGAAGAAAAUGGCAGAAGAGGGCACAUAUGGCUGAUUGAUUCCACGCCAGCGUACCUGAUUGGAGAAACGAAAGCAAGCGAAGGACAGAAAAUUUACUCAAAUGGCGAAAGUAGACGAAAAGCUAUACUUAAAAAACAAUUAUCCAAAGUUAACGAAAAAUUAAUCCAGCAAGAAACCAACGUCAGGAUAAACCUGCUGAAGAAAAAUGUAUUCAAUUAUAAGUUCUCUCACGCACCUCUCGAGUCAUCGUGCACGCUGAUAAAAAGUGCACAAAAUCAUGACCAAAAUGACUCUUCCAGUUUGACAGAAAUAUUCAGAAAUCCGUUACAAGAAUAUCAGAUCGAUGAUGCCGAUCAUUUUACAGUUUUAAGUAGUCCGAAAACUGCGGAAAUUGUGAUGGAGAGUUCGAUAUGGAAGAAAAAUUAAGAGUGGGUACUUCGAGGAGGGUCAUUCAUCGAUUACAUAUGCAACGAUUAAAAUAACUUUUAUUUGAAGAAUUUCUUAUAUGUGCAUUUCUAUUUUUGACCAAUGCAUCAUCCAAGCAUACCAAAAUACAAACAAACACUCAAUUA